AUGCUCAGUUCGGUUUGUGUCUCCUCUUUCAAAGGACGCAAGGGUGGGAACAAGUCGCCCAACAAAGCAUGUUACAGUGCAGACAUGACUUGUCCGUCAGACAGCGAGAAAAUCGUAAUAAACUGCGGAGGGGUGCGACACGAGACUUACCGCAGCACCCUCAAGACGUUGCCCGGUACCCGCUUAUCUUGGCUUACCGAUCCGGACGCGUUUAGCAACUUCGACUAUGACCCCAAAAUCGACGAGUUCUUCUUCGACCGCCACCCUGGCACAUUCACAUUCAUCCUCAACUACUACCGCACAGGCAAGCUUCACUGUCCCAACGAUGUGUGCGGCCCACUGUUCGAGGAGGAGCUCGCCUUCUGGGGCAUUGACGAGACGGACGUGGAGGCGUGCUGCUGGAUGAACUACCGUCAACACAGGGAUGCCGAAGAGGCGCUGGACAGCUUCGAGCAGCCCGAGCCAGAGGAGCCGGAAGACGACCUGGAGCUGACUGCGGACGGAGAGCUCAAGAGGCUGUGCCUGCACGAAGACGGACGCAAGAGGAGCUGGUGGAGUGUGUGGCAACCCUAUUUCUGGAAUCUUUUUGAGGAUCCGUAUUCUUCCAAGAAUGCCAAGUACUGUGCGUUCCUCUCCCUUCUGUUCAUCCUCAUCUCCAUCACCACCUUCUGCCUGGAGACGCACGAGGCCUUCAACACCAUCUACAACAAAACAGAAAACGUGACGGUGGGCAAUGUGACAACUCAGGAGAUCGUCUACGAGGUGGUGACCGACGGCUGGCUCACCUAUGUGGAGGGAACGUGCGUCAUCUGGUUCACCAUCGAGGUCAUGAUGCGCGUGAUCUUCUGCCCCUGCAAGAAGGAGUUCUUCAGUAGCACCCUCAAUAUCAUUGACUUUAUUGCCAUCAUGCCCUUCUACCUGGAGGUGGCGCUGAGCGGUCUGGACUCCAAAGCCGCCAAAGACGUGUUGGGCUUCCUGCGAGUGGUGCGCUUCGUCAGGAUCCUGCGUAUCUUCAAGUUGACUCGUCACUUCGUGGGUCUGCGGGUGCUGGGCCACACGCUCCGCGCCAGUACCAACGAGUUCCUCCUUCUCAUCAUCUUCCUCGCCCUCGGGGUGCUCAUCUUCGCCACCAUGAUCUACUAUGCCGAGCGCAUCGGUGCCGACCCUGACGACCCUACGGCCGCCAAACACACAAACUUCAAGAACAUCCCCAUUGGCUUCUGGUGGGCCGUGGUCACCAUGACCACUCUGGGCUAUGGGGACAUGUACCCCGAGACGUGGUCGGGGAUGCUAGUGGGCGCACUAUGUGCCCUGGCGGGGGUGCUGACCAUUGCCAUGCCUGUGCCCGUCAUCGUCAACAACUUUGGCAUGUACUACUCACUGGCCAUGGCCAAGCAGAAGCUGCCCAAGAGGAAGGGCAAGCACAUCCCUCGGCCCACCAUGCCGGGCUCGCCCAACUACUGCAAGCCAGACGCCCUGGCCAUGGCCACUGCCGGGCCGGGUAUGGUGGGCUCAGGCAGCCUGGGGGGAGGGGACUGCCCUCUGGCCCAGGAGGAGAUCAUCGAGAUCAACAGGACAGGUCGUGAGGCAUGGACCAACACAUUUCUACAAUCAAGAUGGCGGCAGGGCAGUUUCGCUAAGCGUGUUGUGUCACGCUGUUUGUUUAUUUCAAGUGUUACACGUUUUUAUUACUUCGCAAAAACCGUUAUAGGCUGUGAAAGUUAAACAACAGGCAAAAUCUAAAAUCCUACAGGAUCAAAGCAAUCGAAGUGUUAAAAUCGCUAGUAAACCAAGCAGGGACAUCUGCUGGUUUCGACAUGAGGAGAUAAGCCGGUGUGGUGCCCUCCCUGAAAGCCGAGAGAGGAUACAUCUGUGUUGUGACUGACUGUCUAGACACGUUUGGGCCGACUAGCCUUGGAUACUCCUCGACGGUCAGGUUUUUCAUCUGUGUUCCAGCAAUCUACCAGAGUCUUCUGACUCCUUUCCUGUCUUGCUGUGCUGUGUGCUUAGGGUUGCCAACUGUCCCGUAUUAGCUGGGAUGUCCCUUAUACUGGGCUAAAUUGGUUUGUCCCAUACGGGACAUCCCUUGUCCCGUAUAUUCAUCCAAUCACAGUAUAGCCUAAACGCGCCAAUUCUUGCAAAGUCAUUUCUGUUGUUGUUCAGUCAGUUUGGCAUAUCAAGGAAAUAUGGAUAAACCUGCAAAAAAAUAAAAGACUGUGCAGCUACAACAAACAAUGGGAAGCAAAAAAGAUGUGGGAUAAGCCCCGUCAGUGGUGACUGGAUGAAAGCUUUCUGUACUUUAUGCCGUCGGGAAUUCUCAAUUGGCCAUUGGAGGGGAGAGUGACCUAACUCAGCAUGCAUCCACAGAAAUGCAUAAGAAGGCCAUGCUGGCUAAAGGGGCUAGUAAUAUCAGUGCAUUCAUUGCAACGUCUACUGCAGAAAAUUACAAAGUCGCUGCAAGUGAAGCCUCUCGUAUGUGUACCAUACAGUUAAACACGGACUCGGCUACAACAGCACCGACUGCCUUGUUAAGCUCAACGGUGCUUUGUUCCAUGACUCAAAAUGUUGUGAAGAAGUUGCACUUGGGAAGAACGAAAGCUGAGAUGAUUAAAAUGAAUGUUUUAGGACCAAAGUCUGUGCGGGAUAUUUUGGAUGAUCUGUCCCCGACCGAAGGUGAGCCGGUGUAUUUCUCAGUUGCCAGUGAUGCCUCCAACAAGGGAAAUAGAAAAAUGUUUCCAGUGUGCGUGAGAUAUUUCUCUGUGGCUGAUGGAGUGCAGUGCAAGUUACUUGACUUUCAUGAAGACAGUGAUGAAACUGCAAAUGGCAAACAUCAAGCUCUGAUGAGCUGUCUGGAAAAGCAUGAACUGGAUAUUAGACACAUCGCAGCCUAUGCAGCAGAUAAUGCCAAUGUCAACUUUGGAAAACACCACUCUGUUUACCAGCUAUUGAGCAGUGACAACAAUCGCAUUCUGAAAGCUAAUUGCCCAGUUCAAAUAGCUCAUAAUGCCUGCAAGCCCGCCUGCGAUCAGCUGUCAGUGGGUAUUGAGACAAUUGUUUUAAAGAUCGACAGCCACUUCUCCGUAUCUGCUUCCCGAAGAGAGGAACUGCGAGCAUUUUUUGCCUUUGUUGACAUUGAGUGGCGUGAAAUUCUGAGACAUGUUUGCACAUGAUGACUCUCUCUUCAUCCAGCUGUCGAUUGUCUCCUGCAAAGCUGGCCAGCUCUGCAUACUUCAGGUCCUCUGGGGAGACAAAGAGUAUUUUUGAGUACGAAGAAAAAACGGAAGCUGCUGAGAUUUAUCUGUGCUUUUUCCACAACGUUGGGGUGUGUUUUUGACCAACUCGUAAAAAAGCUGGAGGAAACAACGCUCUGCAUGACAGAUGUUUACAAGGAAGUCCAAAAGUUUAAAAUGAAGAUGCUUCAGCGGAAACAGGACAGCUUUUUUUUGGAUACCAGACCAAGCAGCUGAUGGACAAACAAUUGUCAGCACAAAGAUCCAAGCAGCAACAGGACUUUGAAGUUCUAUGACACUGUGACAUACAUUGACCAGUGGUUUGAUUUCUCACCAGAACAUGUAAUGGUGAAACUGAAAUGGAUCGGCCUCUAUGAGGAGCUCUCCUUCACUGACCUGAAGCAGGUGGUGGUUGCCCUCAAAAUGACAGAGACCGUCAGUAUGGACCAACUCUAUGAAGAGUUUUGCGCUUGCUGGGAGGAAAUACAGAAAGCCAGACAGGAUACCACAAAAUCCACCAGUGAGAAGUGGGUGGCAGUUUUCCAAAACCUAGGGAAAGCCAACUUGAUCAACAUGUUCAGGAUUGGUCUCAUUUGUCCUCCGUGUGCCAGGCUCAAAUGCCUUUGUAGAGAGGAUUUUCUCUCUGAUGACCAUUUAAAUGGUCAGACUCAAGAAACAGAUGCCGCACAGAGCUGAUCAAAAAUGAACUUUAAAUAUCUGUGAACUGUGACUUGUCAUGUGAGGACUUCUCUCUGGCUAUGCAAAAGGACAAAGGACUGCUUGAAUCAGUCAAGAGCAGCAAAGAAUAUCCAUGGAAAAACUUGGUGAGUGACUCAUGCCCCUCUUUUCCUCUUUUGCAUUUGAAAUGUUUUUAAUUUAUUUUUUUGCUGUAAAGGUCAAAAUUGACAUUUCUUUGAUAAUUUAUUUUGAGGUUUAUAAAAAAAAAAAAAAAAAAAGCUAUAGACAAAAUGGAAUAUAACCAUGUUUUACUUUUCCAAUUUAAUAAGAAUAUGAAUAUACACUGUAUAGUCAUUCACACAACACCAUACCUACACCGCCGUGGCACCGUGCUCUGGCACGCUACCUUUUGUCCCUUAUUUGGUAGUGAGAAAGUUGGCAUAUUUGGUAGUGAGAAAGUUGGCAACCCUAUAUGUGCUGGAAGCCGGAGGUUGGUAUCUGCGCUGUGAGAUAACGUCUUGAUGCGCUGGGCUUCCUAGCCCAGCGUAUCCCGGCUGGGUGAACUUGCCACCUGUGAUUGGCUGGUCUACUGGGCACAAACGCUCUGGCAUUCUACGGGCAUGAAACACUUAGCACAGGGUGUCGCGCGGUGAAACUCCCCAUUCAUUUCAAUGGAAGGAAAGCGGAGAGGGCGGGGGACCUUUGGGCGGUGCGAAAGUGGCAUGGGGGGAGGUGGUCGAAAAAUAAUAUUUUCCCAAGUUUAUGCAAAUCACCAGCGGCAACCGUUGGGCGAUGACCAAUCAUAUCGAGUGGUUCUUAUGACGGAUUUGACGCUAUGCCACCCAAGGCUGGAGACUUUCUUCAGCAAAGAUGGCUGACAAAAUACUAGGAUGGAAGCAAAUGUAAGUUAUUAUAACGUCAUAACGAAUCGUGCAAAAAAUGUACAGUUGACAGGAAUAUGUUAGUUAAUGUAGAGACAAACGAUUAUGCAUAUUUUUUUAAUCAUAAAGUUAAUUUACGAAAAUCGCGAUUUAGCAAGCUAGCUGACAAGCUAACAUUAGCCAGCUAGCUGGCUAGCUUUAUGGGUGUUGCAAUUAUGGGUGUCGUAAUUCUGGUUUUGCUUUAGGGACUCCUGAAACAACCAGCAACCCAGGCUGUCGUGUUGUGAAACAGUGGAUGUAAAGAAUCUAGCUAGCUAAAGCAUUUACUACAAAUUGAAUGUACAAUUUUCUAAGCUUGCCCUGCUGAUAUUUGCCAUGCAAUGCAGAUAGAUGAAAUAACGUAGCUAGCGAUGUUCUUGCUUAUUGUGCAAUGGAGGAUAACAAUACAUGUAUGCCUAUGAAUGUGUAACGUUAACUAACUCACUUUUGUACUGUAGUAUCUGGGAUCUACAUCUGUUUAUAUUAGUUACUAUGCAGUUACUAAGCAGUAACGUAUUACGGCAGUGUUACGUUACUACGCCUAAUAGGAAAUGCACAUGCGCACUAGGGUGCCGGGAACUGUAGAGCACGAGGGGUUUUGACUAAACGAAAACGAACUGU